AUGUCCCAACCAAACCCCCACGAGCGCAUCCAGAUCGAUACCAGCGACGAUGACUCGCUCUUCGACACAAGAUCCCUCGCGGGCUCCAAUCUCUCCUUCGCCUCCUCUGUGCGCGACUACUCCUACGAAAACGGCCGCCGCUACCACGCCUACCGCCACGGCCAAUACCCCUUUCCAAACGACGAGGAAGAGCAAGACCGCCUCGCGCUCAUGCACCACCUCUUCAAGCUCCUCUCCGGCGGAGACCUCUACCGCGCCCCACUGCGCGCCCCAACCCGCAUCCUAGACAUCGGCACCGGCACCGGCGAAUGGGUUCUCGACAUAGCCGAAGACUUCCCAGCAGCGGAUAUCCUCGGCACGGACCUCAGCCCCAUCCAACCCACCUGGGCACCGCCCAACUGCCGCUUUUUCAUCGACGACGCCGAGUCCGACUGGACGUUUUCGUCAUCCGAGGCCUUCGAUUAUAUUCACGCGCGCAGCAUGGGCGGCGGCGUGAGCGAUUGGCCCCGGCUGCUGCGGCAGGCACUUGUGCAUCUGAAGCCGGGCGGGUGGUUCGAGGUGCAGGAGUUCGAGGCGUGGGUGAGGAGUGAUGACGGGACGCAUAUGAUGGCGACGAAUGUGAUGGAUUGGCAGGAUAAGUUGAAUCGAGCGAGUGAUGAGUUUGGAAAGCCGGUUAAUGUGGCGCCGCGCAUGGCACAGUGGAUGGCGGAGGCGGGGUUCGUGAAUAUUGUCGAUGAUAUCUAUAAGUGUCCUGUCGGCGGCUGGGCGAAGAACCGCCGUCUCAAGGAGAUCGGGCGCGUCGGCAAAUUGACCAUCCUGGAGGUGGUCGAGCCGUACACUCUCGCGCUAUUCACCCGUGUACUGGGCUUUUCAUUCCAGGACGCGCAGGAGUACAUGGAUAAAGUGCGCGCGGAGCUGGUCAGCAGCAAGUUCCAUCUCUACGUGCUGUUCCACUUCGUAUACGGGCAGAAACCGCUUGAGGCGACGAACAGCAACAGCGAGACGCUAUGA